AUGGCGUACAAUGCCGUCGCUCAAGUCGACCACGAGGUGGCUUCUAUUUCUUCCGGUUCUGCAUCACCCAGCCCGUCGCCCGCUCACGGACAUGAAUUUGAGCAGCUGCCGCUUGAUACUGAUCACAUCGGGGGAAGCCAUCUGGAAAUUGCCAAAACGGAAAAUCCCAGCCUCGGUCAGUUAGGUUCCAUGAUCCGCUCCAUGACUUCUACCAGCUACGAUAUGGUGGAGGACGAUGACUAUGACGCCGAUCCUUCCCCCGAAGAGCGAUCAAAUAGCCUACGCAUUGCACCACUCAAUACAGCUGUCCCGCGACCUGCUUCUCCCGAUCGACCCCUCCACAGCGCAUGUAGUGAGGUUUCCGUACCUCUCAGUCACCCUACCCCGGAUUUGCAGUCGAUACAAGGAGCCUACAAAGGAAAUGUAACGCGGUUGGAAGAGAGCGCGGAGCAGCUGAGCUCGUGCUCCGCCGACAUUGAGAGCGAGAUCCGUCGCAUCGAUCAAGAGCAAAAGCGGCGCUCAGUCAGUUCCGCGUCCAAUUCAAUCAUUCACCGGAACGGUGCAUUCUCCCCAGCAAGGACUAUUUCCUCCGCCCAUGGAUCGAAUGUGUCCCCCGCGCGUCAGCGCUCCGUUUCAGGGGCACGUCUGGCCCAGCUCUCGGAGCCUGCACACGAGGAACAUCAACAUGAAGUGGAUGAAUUUCCCGAGUUGCCUGAUCUACCACCGCCACAGCCCCUUUUCAACACCCAAAACGAGUACUAUUACGAUCAAUAUUCUCCGCAGGGAGUUCCCACGGAGGCGGAGAUGGAACGACGGGCCUCGGUCGCAUCGAACGAUACCUACCAACAGGCGCGGACACUGUUCACUGAUUUCGAUGGUGUCCAUUUCACACCCAUGGAACCAGGCCGUCAAGUUUCUUUAGAGCAGCCGCCACUCGCCCGCAAGCCGGAACAUUACAAACACCCGCAAGUAGGAGAGAAUAUGGUGUUCUAUCCCGCUCCUGUCCCACGUAUGUUGAAUCUGCCACCGAAGUUGUCACGCAAGGUAAACAUUGAGCGGGAUAAGCGUCGUACAUAUCUGGCAGGCGCUAUCGCGGCCGAGGAUAGAAAGUCAACUGCUGUGUUACCUAACGCCGAUCAAAAAGAUCCACGCGACAGUCAUGGCGAUAAACGCAAAUCGACACUACCACCACAUCUUCGUGCGAGUGUCUUUUUUGAUCAACCGAGUACAUCACUCCAGGUCGAAGUUAAGCAAGACUCUGCGGUUGCUACGUUAGAGAGCAUUUUGGACGCCUCUGCAAAUGCACCAGUUUCCGCUUUCACUGAUCACCCUUACGCUGGUCAUGUCGGCGCAUUCAUCUACAACAAAUCAAAACGCAAAACCCUGACAAAAGAUCCAGCAGGGCAAAAGACAAAUCGUCUUUCGCGAGCCACUGGCCAUCCUUAUAGCACUGAUAAUGUAGACGAGCAUGGGGACCCUAUACCUUCGCGCCACGGGUCGGAAGCCGGGAAUGACUCAGAUAGAAAUCAUGAUGACCGCGGUCAUGAGCAUGGGUCGGAAGGUACUUAUACUGAAAGUGAUGAGCAAUCUGAAGAAGAGGACGAGGAAGAAGAAUUGGAUUAUGUUGGUCCACCAAACACCCUCCUCGCCGAAUUAGAGUUGCGGAAGCAUGAAUUGAAGCACCGACGCCGGACGGCGGUGCCUGUACCUUUCCAGGGUAUGCGGACCACUUUGUUAGAAAUGGAUGAAAUGGCCCAAAAGCAAAGUGACAAACGGCGACAGCGCCCCGUCGCUUUAGCUUGGGAAGCGCGGGACGAAGACGACGACGUUCCCCUGGCUAUGUUGUACCCCGACAAAGCUAAUGUCGAAAAUGACGAUCGACCUUUGGGGCUGAUGGAGAAGCGGCAACAAGAAGAAAAUGAACCUCUGAGCUCGCGCCGUGCUAGGCUGCGUGGUGAACCAGUUCCGCAGCCAGAGCAACGUCCUCCUACAGUGUAUGGGCCCCCGGCACAUGUUCCCGAGCCGGCCGCCGAGAGUGAGGAUGAGACAGAGACAGAGACCCUCGCUGAGCGACUCCAACGGUUGAAGGGACAUAACCGCUCAGAGAGCAAAUUCGCCAGCGACUUGAUGGCCGAAAUCGAUAGCAGGGCCGGAGUUGCGCCCAAAGACCAAGAAGUUCCCGGUCCUAGCGAGGAAGAAACACUCGCGCAGCGACGUAGCCGCCUUCAGAAAGAGGCUGCCGCCCAACUUGGGCCCCCAAAGAACCCGCGAAUGCGCCGGAGUAUGGCUGCGCUUACACAGGGUCGUCCUUCUCAACUUGCCCGCCAGUCGUCGUAUGACGUUUUCAAUCAGCGGCCUGUCACCAUGUCCCAGUAUGGAAACCGCAUGUCCAUGCAACAAUUUCCACAAAGAGGAUAUCCGACACCUACCCCAUACCCGCUGGCACAGCAAUAUGGAUAUCCUAUGAACCCUCCAACGAUGGGCAUGAAUGGCAUGGGGUAUGCUUCAAACAUGACACAGCACCCUACGCCGGUCCAAACCGACCCCUACAUGAUCGACCGCUGGAGGCAAAGCAUUCGUUGA